AUGCCUGUUGUGUACGCAGCGCCGUGCGAUGUUGUGCAGAUGGCGGUGGCUGAUGAUGGAAAGAAGGGUGUGAUCAGAAUGCUGGAAAUAGGAGCUGGAAUGGGUGGCAACUCCCCGCACAUCACUCGCACAGUUAUGUAUACCAACGUUGACCCAAAUGUACAGUUUCGUUCGACGUUUAUCAAGGAACUAUGCUCAAACCCGAUGGCUUUGUUCACCUACCUACUUUGCUCUGUAAAAAAUCCCAGGAAAGUUCUCAAAGAAGUCAAGCGUGUAUUGGUGAAGGGCGGCAGCGUGGUUUUCUUGGAGCACGUGGGUUUUCCCAAUGGUACGUGGCAGAGGCUGCUGCAGAGCGCGGUAACCCCACUUUCGAGGAUAACUUGUUGCAACUGUCAUCUCAAUCGAGAUUCCGUGAAGGAAAUUGAAAAUGCCGGAUUUUCGAAGGUCACGGCCCACUAUAUCGAUGCAGAGAUGAACGUUUUACUCAGGCGUCCGGCUUACGGGAUGGCCGUCUUAUAAAAAACGAAAGCUA